AGUUAGAUCCUAAGAACCCAAAUCAAUUUAAGUGUAAUUUUUGUGGUAAAAUAUCUAAUGGAGGGGUUUAUAGAGUCAAACAGCAUCUUGUUGGAGGUUCAAGGAAUGUCACAGCUUGUCAAAAAUGUCCACCUGAUGUAAGGGAGGAGAUAAAAGAGUAUAUGGGAAACAAGAAAACACAGAAAGAGCAAAUGAACUUGUUGCCUCAUUUUGAUGAGAUGAACAAUGAUUUUGAAGAGGAUGAAGAUGACAUUGCUUAUGAGGUUCAUCGGCCUCGUGGACCAUGUGGUAAAUCAUUGCCAAGCAAUCAAAAUAGUUCUUUUGCUGGAUCAAAAAGGUUGAAGAAGAAGGGGCCCAUGGAUGUAUUCUACAUACCCAAUCCUGAUUUUGUGGUGCAAAAUAUAAAAGGAACACAAACAACAAUUGAUCACAAUGAUCCUUAUAAGAAAGAAAUAAGAGACCGAGCAGUGAUAAGAAUCACAAGGUGGAUGUAUGAUGUAGGUAUAGCUUUUAAUGCAGUUAGUUAUGAUAGCUUUGGACCAAUGGUUGAAGCUAUUGGGCAGUAUGGUCCUGGUAUGAAACCUCCCAGUUUCCGUGAAGUGCGGGUUCCAUAUCUGAAGAAAGAGUUGAAUCAUACAAAUGAGUUGAUGAGGAUUCAUAAAGAGGAAUGGGUGAAAUAUGGGUGUUCCUUGAUGUCAGAUGGAUGGACUUCGCAGAAUGGAAGGACUUUGAUUAAUUUUUUAGUCAAUUGUCCUAGAGGAACUAUGUUUGUUGAGUCCAUCGAUGCUUCAAGCUAUUCAAAGGAUGGGCAAAAACUCUUCGAACUACUUGAUAACUGUGUGGAUGAUGUUGGAGAAGUUAAUGUAGUCCAUAUUAUCACAGAUAGUGCCUCAGCUAAUGUGUUGGCUAGUAAUAAUCUUUUGUCUUGAUUUUUAAAAAAUAUGUACUUACUAACUAGUUAGUUAGUUAGUUUAGUUGUUAUUAAAUAAUCUUCUGUGUUUUGUUUCUAUAAUUUUAAUAGGUAAGUUUUUGGAGGCAAAGAGACCACACCUUUUUUGGACACCAUGUGCAGCUCACUGCUUGGAUUUGAUACUAGAAGAUAUUUUCAAAUUGCCACAUAUGAAGAAGAUAUUUGACAAGGCUAUUCGGGUACACGGUUAUAUUUAUAACCGUCCAGGUGUGUUGAAUAUGAUGAGGAUGUUUACACAGUUAAAGAAUUUGGUCAAGCCUGCAAAGACAAGAUUUGCAACAGCCUUUCUCACCCUAUCUAGGAUUCAUCAACAAAAAAGCAACUAGAGAAAGAUGUUCACUUCGGAGGAAUGGACAAGCUCCAAAUGGACAAAGGAGCCAAAGGGUAAACAAGCAACACAGAUUAUGUUGAUGCCAUCAUUUUGGAAUUUGGCUGUCUACGCUCUUAAGGUCUCAGGUCCACUUGUGCAUGUGCUUAGGUUGGUUGAUUCUGAGAAAAAAACCUGCCAUGGGGUACAUUUAUGAGGCUAUGGAUAGGGCUAAAGAAAGUAUUGCAAAGUCAUUUAAUGAAAAAGAAGAAAAAUACAAGAACAUCUUUGAAAUCAUUGACAAUAGGUGGAAUAUCCAAUUGCAUCAACCUCUUCAUGCAGCUGGCCAUUUUUUGAAUCCGGAGUUCUUCUAUUCUAAUCCAAGUAUUGAGCAUGAUCCUGAAAUCAUGACAGGGUUGUAUAAGUGUGUGUCAAGGUUGGUUCGAGGCACUGACAUUCAAGAUAAAAUCACUCAAGAAAUGAGUAUUUAUACAAAAUCUGAAGGUCUCUUUGCGAUGCCACUAGCAAUUAGGCAGAGAAUGACAAGGGCACCAGCUCCACAACAAAAAAAGAAAUAGGUUGGAACAACAACGUCUCAAUGAUUUGGUAUUUAUUAAGUACAAUAGACAAUUGAGACGUCGAUAUGAUAUGCGUGACACACUUGAUCCCAUCGCUUUAACAAAUAUUGAUGAAAGCAAUGAGUGGUUGGUUGGGAGGACGGAUGGAGAAGAGGAUGAAGAUAACGAUAAUGUGUUUGAUGAUGAAAAUUUGAUGUGGCGUGAUGUUGCUAGAGCUUCUGGUGUUCGGGAAAGAAAUAAGCGAACUAGAUCAACAACUUCAAAGACACCAUCAUCAUCGAGGGCAAGGCCAAGGGGUUCUAGAUCAUCAAAUGCACGUCAAUUGAUAGAUGAGGAAGAGGCAGAUUCAGAGGAGACAGAAGAGGAAGAUGUAGAAGGAUACAAAUCCAAUGAUGAAGAAGAAGAUUAUGAAUUGCGUACUGUUGAUAUUGAGGAUGAUGAUGAUUGUUAGAUCCUCAUUGGAUAAAUGGAAGCAAAGACUUUAUGUUUUGUUGGUUUAAUUUGUUGAUGUUUUGAAAUGCAUGCUUAAACUUGAAAUAUUGUUAUUAGUUGACUUUUAGAUCA